UUGCCUCGUCUAUUGUUGGUUUAACAUAGAUUUGGAUUUUUUGUAAUGGCAAUAUUCAAGAUGCCAAUGCCACUUGCCAUCUUGUAUUUUUAGUUCCGUUUCCGUUGGCUGACAGUUCUUUUUCGUAAAAUCUUCCAAAAUGAAGGCUAAAGGAGAGUUGAGGGAAUACGAGGUCAUCGGGCGCAAGCUCCCCUCGGACAGUGAACCAAAGCCUCCGCUAUACAAAAUGAGGAUCUUCUCUCCAGACCCCAUUGUGGCCAAGUCCCGAUUUUGGUACUUCUUGCGGCAACUGAAGAAGUUUAAAAAGACCACCGGAGAAAUAGUAUCUAUUAAGGAAAUCCCCGAGAAGAGCCCGGUAAAGAUCAAGAACUUCGGCAUCUGGCUGCGCUACGAGUCUCGCUCGGGCGUGCACAACAUGUACCGCGAGUACCGCGACCUGAGCGUGGGCGGCGCCGUCACACAGUGCUACCGCGACAUGGGCGCGAGACACAGGGCGCGGGCGCACUCCAUUCAGAUCAUCAAAGUGGAGAUAAUCAAGGCAGCCGCGUGCCGCCGGCCGCAGGUGAAGCAGUUCCACAACAGCGGCAUCAAGUUCCCGCUGCCCAAGCGCGUGCACCACUACAAGAGACUCAACACGUUCGCGUACAAGAGGCCCAGCACAUACUUCUUGUAAUUUAUUUGUAUGACACAAUAAAAAACACAUAAAAAUGC